AUGGAAGAUGAAAUGAUACCUGGUACAAGCGUGUCAGUCGCGGAUCAUCAAAAGUUGAGGAGGGAAGACAACAUGAACUUGGCUUCAAGAAAUGUAAUGCAGCAGCACAUGAUUUCGAGUAUGGCGUCGGAAAGAAACGACGAGCUUGCGAUCAAGCUAAGCAAGCUUUCUCAUGCCUUCGAACUGCAGGAGCUUUCAACCAAAAUUGCCAUCAAACUCUUGAAGAGCAUAACUACAUUGGCUUUCAAUCAAUCCGUCAAUCAGACUAACUUCACUGUGUACAACUCAACUGGAAGACUUGGAAUGUAUGCAAAUGAGUCUUACAACAAGACAGAGAUCUUUCAAAACCAAGGAAACAUCUCUGCAGUUGGGAAUGAAUCAUAUGAUCCCCAGAGAAACCAGACGGAAGCCCCCAGCUUCUUCCACGAGCAAGUCCAUUCAGAAGUAUCAACAAUACCUGUUAAUGCUGUUAGUGGGGAGGCGAGAAAGAGAAGCGAGUUGCAAGCCGACAUUGCAGCAUGGCCGAAGUCUGAUGAUGUUUGGCAAGGACCUUUGAAAAUAAUCGAGCGAGACAUGAUCACUUGCAUUGAUGACAGCUCUAACGGUGGGAUCGUUGCGAACUAUCGGCCAGCGUCAUAUUGCCUGAAGAACCCGACAUAUUGCAUGUUAUACUGUAGAGGAAACUUCGCAGAUAAGAGCUUUGAACCGACACGGGAGGUCAAGAGUCAAUAUCUUGCUCAGAAGAGACCAAAGGUUCAUAGGAGUCGGGAUGGUGACAAACCGAGACGCUACGAUUGGACUUCCUGGAAGAAGGAACUCAAGUCGCUCAGUCCCAGAUAG